AAAUUUAACCGAACUAUAGUGACAGUGGUAUUGUAGAAAUCUGCACCCUCAUAAACUAUUAAUACAGUGGAAAAAUUAAGUUAUUAUCGAAUUUGAUUGUCGAAACUGGCGUAAUUUGUGAUAUUUGUGGAAUUUUAUUGCUUAAACAGUAAACAAUCCUACCUAAUUCGGCCGAAAAUUAAUAUUUAGAGACCGCCAUCUUACUUGGGUAAAAUUUUAAUCACCUUGUCAAAUACGAUGUAUUUGUGGUAGUUUUUAUUUAUCUUGUUGAAAUUUAACACGCAAGCAGUUUAUUAUCGCCGUUUUUACUCGACGCCCUGUAUAUUUAACAUAUUUUAAUUAGUUUAUAAUGAGUUUUUUUGGAUUCGGCCAAUCCGCGGAGAUAGACGUUUAUCUAGACGGCCAGGAAAACAGAAAAACCGCGGAAAUUAAGACGGAAGAUGGCAAAAAAGAAAAACUUUUUCUGUACUACGAUGGUGAAACAGUUGCUGGCAAGGUGAAUAUAAGCUUGAAAAAGCCGGGUAGUAAGCUCGAGCACCAGGGUAUCAAAAUUGAGUUUAUCGGACAGAUUGAGAUGUAUUAUGAUAGAGGUAAUCACCAUGAGUUUAUAUCGUUGGUGAAGGAAUUGGCUCGGCCUGGAGAAAUGAUCGCCCACACCAGCUACCCAUUUGAUUUUAGCUGUGUGGAAAAACCUUUUGAGGUUUAUACAGGUGCUAAUGUGAGGUUAAGAUACUUCCUUAGGGUAACAAUAAUUCGUAGACUGGCGGACAUUGUUAAGGAAAUUGAUCUUGCCGUGCACACUUUAUCAAGCUACCCAGAAAUGAACAACUCCAUCAAAAUGGAGGUCGGAAUUGAAGAUUGUUUACACAUUGAGUUCGAAUACAACAAAUCAAAGUACCAUUUAAAAGACGUCAUCGUGGGUAAGAUUUAUUUUCUCUUGGUUCGAAUAAAAAUAAAGCACAUGGAAAUCGCCAUAAUUAAAAGGGAAACGACCGGUACCGGGCCCAAUAUCUUCAACGACAACAAUACCAUCGCCAAAUAUGAGAUUAUGGACGGGGCACCUGUUAGAGGAGAAAGUAUUCCUAUAAGAGUGUUUUUGGCCGGUUACGAUUUGACGCCGACGAUGCGAGACAUCAACAAAAAAUUCUCGGUCAGAUAUUUUCUGAAUCUAGUGCUUAUGGACACUGAAGACAGAAGAUACUUCAAACAGCAGGAGAUCACUCUUUGGAGAAAAGGCGACAAGCUACGAAAACCUAACCUGCAAUCUCCUGCAAUAAUGGCGGGAACGCAAAACCUGCAGAACACGUCUCAACAGUAUCUGCAGCAGCAGGCGGCGCAAAAUGAGGAGGGCGGGGAUGAAAACAACGGCGAAUCGCCGAGCGCGCACGCGCGCGACUUCGACGACCACCGCGAAGAUUCGAUACCUCGAAAGGAGGACUUCGUACGGGCUCCUGAGAAUUCUAAAAGCAGCGAUAAGUUGUCCAGCAAUCUAGAAGAUCCCUUCGACAGAACGGCAACGCCGCAAACGGACGGCAACGUCGCCGGUGACAACCACACCAUCGAGAACAUGACGCGGGAGGCAGGGGACGGACAGAAUGACAACGGAAACGAAAUUGCCGAGUGAUAUUUGGAGAUUGAGAUUUAACAGAAAUGUGAUGCAAGGCCAAGGAUGGAUAUAAAGGGUGGUCUAAAAAAAAAUUUGGGCGAAAAUGUUAUUAUGAAUGCACGUUACUUGUAAAUAAUGUAAUUGUUAUACUUGCAGUUAAACAAAAUGCUGAACUGUGUCAUUCUUUAUAUUUAAUUUACACAAUUUUAUUUUAUUGUAUAUUUCUCAUAUAGCAAAAUAAAAGUUAUCAAUUUAUUAUUGACUUCUUAUUUUCUUACUACAAAAGUAAUACCAAC